AUGCCCUGGUUGGCAUCCACCACGAUGAUUAUGCCCUGGCUGGCAUCCUCGACCUCGACACUCCCUAACAUCUUCAAUAAUAACAACUCAAAGGCCUCUAAUACUAAUAACACCGACUCAGCAUGUCCGCUCAGCGCCACGAUAGCUAAUCACGUCAACGCCGUUCGUUCAGCAAUCAGCUCUCGAUUCCCGCACAACGAGUCGCCCAGGACAGCAGGGCUGUCCAGACAACCACAUACGACCAAAGAGGCACGGUUCGCUCAUCGUGACCCUCGGAACGAGAAGACGCACGACGCCUACCUGGAUGCACAUACCUGGACCCCGAACCUUCCCCGCCAACAGCUAGAAGCACCUCGUACAGCGAACGACCUUCUUCACCGUCCACAACAACAAUGGCAUUUAGACCUCAAGACGUCAGAUGGGUACGGGACUUUCAGCCCUCAAUGGGACCCACGGCCGAUGAAGGGUCCUUAUACCGCUCGUCCUGCAGCUGCUAAUGGGUUCCCGUCUGAUUUGAAGACACCAGCAGACCUCAGGACGCCAGGGGGAACUUACAUCACGCGCAUCAACUCUCCUCGCUCUGCCGUUCUCCCCACUCAGCAGGUACAACAACUGAGUGGGAAGAAAAAGUUUGGUCUUGGGUUCUUUGAGUUUCGGACGCCGACGAGUGGGCGGUUCUUGGGGCAACAGGCUCAGGCUCAGGCGCAAGCUCCAGCUCAAUGGGAACAACAGACUCAUGGUCAGGAGUGGGAGCAAGGGCAGGGACGGGAGCAGCGGGUGGAUGAGAGGAGUAAACGCCGUUAUGGGAUGUAUUCGCCUCAGACGCCGCGCGAGAACCAGUUUGCGCAGUAUGAAGUGCGCACGGCUAAUGGCGGGUGGGCUGUUCCUCCUCCCGCUAGGAGCGAGGACUUGGAGAAGGGGCAACGGAAGGAUGUGGAUGAAAGAUGGAUUCGGCCUGGGGUUUGGCUGGCCCAAUCCCGGGCAUGGGUCUCCUCCACCUUUUUCAACUCAAAGACACGCUCGAGACCUAAUCCGAUAUUGAUCCCGCCCGUGGUGGACUCUAAUCCCGAUUUCGAGGCACAGACAAACGUUCCGAGGAAGGACACAAUGGAGAAGGAUUUGUUGGCGUGGAUGACUGUCGUUGGGGCGUGGAUCAUGCAGUUCUGCACAUUUGGGUACAUCUUUACGUGGGGCGUCUAUCGCGAUUACUACAUGAACGAGUUUCCAAAGCUCCAUUCCCCAAACAAGCUUGCAUUGAUAGGAAGUCUUCAAUUCGCAUUUCCCUUCCUUCUGGCGUUCCUAGCGGGCAAAGCAGUCGACGCGAACCAUUUCCAUUGGGUUGUACUGCCCGGAUCUGCGUUCUUCGGGAUGUCGCUCUUCUUGCUCUCCUUUGUCGAUCCAGAAAGUUUCAUGCACCUGUUCUUGAUACAAGGCGUAGGCAUGGGUCUCGGGCUCGGCAUGAUCUUUUUGCCUACCGCCAUCGUGUGCAUGCACCACUUCAAGAAACGGAGAGCGUUCAUUACUGGGAUCGUACUCAGUGGAGCUUCAGCUGGUGCAAUUGUAUUCCCUCUUGUGCUAGACAAAUUCCUCCCUACAAAAGGGUUCAGUGGAGCAGUGCGCAUUACUGCAUACAUGGUCCUUGCGUGUCUGGUGAUAGGCAACAGCCUCAUGGGAAUGCCGGCCAAACUGUUCAUCCCUAAGCUCCCUCAAGUGAGCCUGUUGGUGUAUUUCAAGGAACGGCAUUAUGCGUUGGCUAUGGGCGCAACGUUCAUUGCCCUGCUGACGAUGUACUUCCCCGCUUCGUACAUGGAGGAUUACGCGGUACUGCAUGAUGUUAACCCACAUCUGGCGUUUUAUGCGUUGGCAAUCACGCACAUCGCCAGCCUGAUGGGGCGCAUAGUGAUGGGUCUCCUAGCGGACAAGUAUGGAUCUUUCACCUUGUUGAUCCCCACCACGGUAGUCUUGGCUGCGAGCUUGUGUACCGUCGUUUCAGUUCAAAGCGUGAAGGCCAUAGUGAUCGUAUCCAUAUUCUACGGCUUUUCAUCUGGAGCUUGGCUUUCGCUUCUUAUCUGUGGGCUCGCUUCGCUCGCUCUUCGUCCUACUGAAAUCGGCCUUCGAACUGGCUUGGUGCUUUCAGUGGCCAGUCUUGGAGCCCUGCUUUCUGGGCCUGUGCAAUUGGGUCUGCUUUCACCCGAGUACAUAUGGGCGAGGCCUGUUGGAUUGUUUGGGUUCUUACUGUUUGUGACUGCGGGCAUGUUUUGGUAUAUUCGACAGCUUGUAUCGCUAAAGAAGCGGAAUCGAAUAGUGUGAAUUCAGGUAUUUGGUCAA